AUGUCGUUGUCAACAAAGAUAAGAGUCACCACAGUGUUUCUUGUUGCCGUCGUUCUUCUUGUUAUGGUGGAAGAAUCCGAAACCAGAGGACGUGGUGGUGGAGGCAGAUCGGGAGGCUCUAGAAGCUCUGGAUUCAGUAGAACAAGCUAUAGCUCUAAGAAGUUUGGCUCAAAAUCUAAAAUAACCAAAUACACACCAAUCAAAGCCACUUCAGCUCGCUCCCCAGUAAUCGUCUCACAGACCAAACUGGGAUCACGUUUAAGCGCGUUUAACACAGUCCUCUUUGCCUAUGCGGUUCACCGCUACGCGUUCAGCAGCGCCCCAGUCUAUCGGCAGCGAUAUCCAAUGUAUCGAAGUUAUGUCUCCAUCCCGGAGCAAGGAGCUGUUAGGGUGACCUGUGAGAGAGAAAGACUGCUGAAUGACAGAGGAAAUUUGUGUUUGGAUAUAUCAGCAGGGAAUCAAACUAUAAAGGAAGGAAUCGACGACAACUUGGUUGACCUAAGAACUACAGUGAAGUACAAAAAUGGAGAAACGAAAACACUACACGGGAUUAACAACACAGUGUCCCUUGAAGACAUCAAGGAUCAAGGCUUCGAAAUCGUAAGUCUCGCCCGAUACAACACCUCGAUUGUUACCGGAACAACUUGUAAACAGGUGGAAAAGACCGUCGAGGGUACGAUGGUCAUGUUGUACGAGACAAAUCCCAACGGCUCAGGCCAACUGAACAUCAGCAAAAAAAUACUCUCAUCUGUAGUUACUUUGUUUGUAUUCAUCAACACGUUUCGUUACUCAUAGUUAGUAUCCAUGAAACAUCUUUAAACUCUUUCUGGCUGGUUAGUUUGGUUGAUAUCAUACACACUGAUCUAAAUGAAAAUACACGGCCCGCCAGUUGGUGUAGUAGGACACAAUUUACAUGCAAUUAUUAUAAAUAUGUAGUCUAGUUGUUUUUGGUAAAAUGUCAUGUUUCUAAUGACAUUUAAUUCAUAGUCGGUGAAAGGAUUUUCAUUUUUCAAGUACCAUUUACGUAGGAGUUUAAAAUUUUCCCAAUAAAGACUGAGAAAACACGAUGUGCGCGCGUGACAAAACACAUGCACGAUUGAUAUUCAUGAUGUUUAAGUUAUUUUCCAUGACGGAACCUCGAACAGAGAAAAAAAAAUAAUGCGGUCUACUCCACUAGGUAGCUGCUCAGUCCGAGAUCUCAAUAAUCCCUAAAAAUAACUCUGUAGAUCGUUAUUUAGGAUCAAAUGGGACGAAAGGUAAUUGGAUGCUAAGGCCUCUUAUUCGAGUUUAAAAGCGGAUGCACUUUGGGAAAAUGUCACGCAAUACAGAUUUGCCCUCAGUGUACCUUGGAUUACCCUUCUUAAAGUCACGCUAUAUGAGAAUCAAUUGGAGGAAAUAAACUUUACAAACAUUACUUGAUGAUUUAUCAAAGUCAGUAACACUUCCAAUAACAACGGAAAUAACAAUGAAAAUAGUAAAAGUUAUAAUGCAAUCAAUAAAAAUAAUCAUCAUCGAUCGUUGUUAUCAUUUUGACCAGUACCAAGCCAAUGACGAUGAUAUUCCCCAAUCCUGCUUUCUCUUGCCAUUUGAUAAACAAAAAUAGUAUAUUUUAUGAUUACUGGUAAGUUUUCUACUAAAUAUUACACGGUUAAGUUAGUUUAGGAGCUAUAGGAGGUUUUAGGUAUUUUGCGUGCAAAGGUAGAUUCAAUCUACAUUUAUGACCAUUAAAUACUAACUGUUCUAAAUGUUAGUGACGAGAAACUUAAAACCUGCUACAUUUAUGUAAUUGCAAAAAAAAUUUUUCGAGUCAAGUUUCAUUUCAAAGUGAAAAUCAUAAUAUUUUUUGUGUCUUUGUUGCACGUAAACUCAAUCAUAGUCAGUCUAGCAUUUGAAAGAGAUUUGACUGUACGUUCCUUACAAUGAGUAACGAAGAAAAAGAGCACAGGUGUGUGUGGAAGGUGAACAAAUGAAAAUAUGCUGCAGUAUUACAUGAGUAAGCAAACAUUGUUGUCUCUGGGACGAUGAUAGUGUUAUGCAUAAGCAGCGGGAAAACGAAAUUUGAUCGUAAAUACAUGUACACUCUUUGUAUGUAAAGACACUUAAUUUAUUACGCUCGUUAGCUAACGCAAGAAAAUUGAAAAGUACACAAUUGAUCUUCAAUAUCUGGUUCGUUAUUUCUGAUCAGGUUUCGUCCCACAAAAACAGGUUAUUGCUCAUUUUACACUAUAAAUGUUGUAUUUUUUAUUUUGGAUAUCUGUCAAGACUUACAGAGCGUGAGAAAAUUACAGGUAUCUUCAUCCCUAGUUCAGAACUAAUGACAGUGGAAUUAUUAACAAAAAUUUACACUUAAAAUUGCUCCGGUCUCGAUAGACUUUCUAGAUCAAAAGAAUUUCUGUAUCAUAAAAUUCCUACAGAUUUAAAGAAAUUGGUUAACGUUGCUGCAAGUCUUGCCUUGUCGACCGUAUCACAACAACUUGAACAGCUGAUCGUCAGUUUCGUACUUUUCUGGCACGUAUUACAUUUAUUAAGCUCCAGCGUUUCAGCUUGUUUAUUAUCAUAGGUAUAUCCAUGCCCCAAUUCCUUCCCGAGGUGAGCUUUCAAUCCUUAAUUUUGGCCUAAUUUUCACAUUGGCUAAUUAAACCUUUCUUUGUGGCACAAGCCAUAACAACUGACUGGGCUGCUAUAUCAUAUUAUACAUGUCUUUUACUUGUUUCAAGCAUGAUUUGUCAAAUCUUGUUUGCGGAAGAAAGCAGCUCUUAGGAUUUGAGCCCACCUCCCCAUCUGUUGAAUAUGUCACCGCCUACGCUCUUCACGGAACAGUUAUUUUCCUGCGCCCACGCACCAAACUUGCACAUAAGUAAAGAAGAGAUCGAAGAAGAACUGACUUUUUGCAGAAUUCCACAAAGAUGCGAUUAACCACGGUGUUUAUUGUCACCAUCGUUCUUAUCGCGAUGGUGGAGUUAUCCGAAACAAGAGGGAGAUCAGGAGGUUCUAGAAGCUCCAGAACCAGUAGAACGAGAAGUAGCUCUGGAGGAUCAAGCUCAAAGCCUAAAAUCACCAAAUACACGCCAAUCACCGCUACUUCAGCUCGCACUCCAGUGAUCGUCUCACAAACUCAUAUGGGUUCGCGUUCAAGCACGUUCAAGAAAGUUGUCGUUGCCUACUUGGUGACCCGCUACGCUUUCAGCAACGCUCCAGUCUAUCGGCAGGGAUAUCCAAUGUACCGGAUUUAUGUAUCUAUCCCAGAGGAAAGAGCUGUAAGGGUGACCUAUGAGAGAGAAAGGCUACUGGAUGAGGAAGGAAAUUUGUGUUUGGGUUCAUCAGCAGGGAGUCAAACUUUGGAGGAAGGAAUUGACGAUAACUUGGUUCACUUGAAUACUACAGUGAAGUACAAAAAUGGAGAAACAAAAACACUACUUGGUGUCGAUAAGACGGUGUCGCUGAAAGACAUUAAAGAUCAAGACUUCAAAGUCAUAUGCCUCGCCAGUUACAACGUCGCGAUUGUUAAAGGAACCACUUGUACACAGGUGGAAAAGACAAUCGAGGGUACGAUGGUU